AAACACACACACACACUAAAAACGUUACGAAACAUAAUUAUCAAAUUCAAACAACAACAAAAAAACACUCUCUCCCUCUCCGUAUCUAUUUAAAAUCCGAUCAGGUUAAUCGAGUUUAUCAUUUGGAGAAAGCAAAUUUCCAAAAAUGUUUCGAGUUAGCAAUUUCAUGGUUGGUCUAGCAAACACAUUGGUGAUGUUAGUGGGCGCUUCGGCCAUUGGUUAUUCGAUUUACAUGUUCGUUCACCAAGGCGUCACUGAUUGUGAAUCUGCCAUUCGGAUACCACUUCUCACGACCGGACUCAUCCUCUUCUUGGUGUCUUUGCUCGGAGUGAUUGGAUCUUGUUUCAAGGAGAAUUUGGCAAUGGUUUCCUACUUGAUCAUAUUGUUUGGGGGCAUUGUUGCAUUGAUGAUUUUCUCCAUAUUUCUCUUCUUUGUGACCAACAAAGGAGCCGGUCGUGUGGUGUCCGGUCGAGGGUAUAAAGAGUACCGGACGGUGGAUUUCUCGACGUGGCUUAAUGGGUUCGUUGGUGGGAAGAGAUGGGUUGGGAUAAGGUCUUGUUUGGCUGAGGCUAACGUUUGUGAUGAUUUGAGUGAUGGUCGUGUUAGUCAGAUCGCUGAUGCGUUUUAUCACAAGAACUUGUCUCCCAUCCAGUCAGGUUGUUGUAAGCCACCAUCGGAUUGCAACUUCGAGUUCAGAAACGCGACGUUCUGGAUACCGCCGAGCAAAAACGAAACGGCAGUUGCGGAAAACGGGGACUGUGGUACGUGGAGCAACGUGCAAACAGAGUUAUGUUUCAACUGCAACGCAUGCAAAGCGGGUGUGUUAGCGAACAUAAGAGAGAAGUGGAGGAAUCUUCUUGUUUUCAACAUUUGUCUCCUCAUUCUCCUCAUAACCGUCUAUUCCUGCGGUUGCUGUGCUCGUCGUAACAAUCGGACGGCUAGGAAAAGUGAUUCUGUCUGAUCAACAACUCAAUUUCAGUUUCUUGUGUUUUUCUGUUUUCUUAGUUUGUUUGGUUUUUUAAGUUAAUUAUCUUUUGUUUUCUUUGGACAAUGUCAUGUUCUGUUUCUCAACAAUUAUCAUGAAUUUAUCACAUUUCACUAGUCGUAACCAUUGGC